UCUUUUUUGCUCGGGGCAACUGUUCCAGUAUAAGGUUGUGUGCGUGGUUUGUACUACCUUAAUAGAAACCUGCAGCAGAGCAAUUUUCCAUAGUAUUCCGCUCCAUCACCCCCCCUAUUAUUACACCCUAUUACAGAGUAGAAAAAACCUGCUCUACAGUAUUCAACUCUCUUAUGCCACCGAAGCGAGCCUGGCGAGAGACAGACGAGGAGACCGCUGCCGUCCGAUCCAGUCGUGAAUCCAAGAAAUGCAACGAGUAGUGGUUAAUUGCUCCUUCUUUCACCUUUUCUUGCAUAGGAAUCCCACUGAUUUUGAGUUGAUGUUUUUUUUUUUUUGCAGAUGCCGUCGUCGCCAUGUAAAGUGUGACGAACAGCGGCCCAAGUGUAGUAACUGCGUAAAGUCAAACGCCGAAUGCAGUUAUUCUCACAGCGGAAUGCGAUAUGAUCACAUUUCCGCUGGACAACGACGAGAUGAUAUGUACACGGAAAUCGAUGAUAUCUCCAAACGUGUAGAAAGUUUACUUUCGACUGUUCAGAAUCAGAAACUAAAAGCGUUUUCUUCUCAGCCAACACAUGACGACGUUGCACGGCUGGCGAUUGAUUAUGGCUGGCAAGUGUUCUUGACAUCUGACGGUCAAAAACGUAUCUUGACCAAUAUUGAGACCACGGCGCAACUUGCUGCACUCGUUCCACGAGCACUCAACGAUGUCUAUGGUGACAAUAACAAUAACAGCAGCAGUAGCCACGCAACAAUUACAAGCACUUCUUCUCCAGCUUCAUCACACGACUCACUUGAUUCUCAGGUGGUACGCUUGCCAGUUCGAAUGUCGCUGAAUCAAUACUUGCAACCGUACGAUAAUACGGGAGCCACUCCUACGACCGAUUGCCCAUCCAUGUUCGCGUUUGUCAUGUCACCUUCCUUAAUUAGGCGUAUGUCCGGCUAUCCAGACCUGUCAGUGUCAGUUACCGGGGACCUGUACUGCUGCCCACAUAAUACGCAAGGGUAUUUCCCACCACUGCCGCCAUCCGGAUCUCUAUCGACAGCCGUGCCUACACAUGUGUUGGCACAACGGACACGGUUCAGCGACUGCAGUCUAUCAAACGUGUUUUGGAAUCUUAUCAAGACCGCACAAUUAAUUGAUCACGGCAACUUUAGUCAGGCGUACGUCAAUACUGGCAUCACCAUUACGAAAGCAUUCAAUCUACGGCUCCACCGUUCGUCCACAACCACACACCAUGAACAGCAAGGUCGAAUGAUUGAUGCCGAAGUCGUUAAGCGGAUAUUCUGGGCCGUAUGGUUGCUCGAUACUCAGAUGCCCUUGUUGCACGAACGACAGUCAUCCAUUCAACUGCAGGAUAUACAGAUAGACCCACCGGUAGUAUGUCAAGGCAUGGCGGAUGAUGCCGACAUAGCCUAUACAGACUGUCUAAGAUGGCUUAUCGAAGCACGAAGACUACGGAUCAAGAUCGAGCACAACCUGACGAGUAUGAACCACGAAAAAGACGAACACAAAGUGCUGAACAUUGUGACACAGCAAAUACGGCAGCUCCGGCGAUUCUAUGAGCACCUGGAUACCAAAUACAAGCUUGAAACGAUGAUGAUGAUGGUGACAAUCCACACGGAACAAUGGCAACGACGGACCAUGUUUAUGGUAUUACUUGAACAUGCUAUGAAUUGGCUUGUACUAUUUGAUCGGUUCUUGCCUGCUUUGCCUGACCCAACCAUGACAGCUGGAACCAAGUUCCCUGACAAUUUGACGGUCAGUAUGUGUCGUCAAGCAGCAGAUGUAAUGACUGUGGUAUUUGAGAAAUGGAUUUGGGAUGGAUACGACUGUCAGUUUCGACUUUAUCUAAACCAUUUCUGUAACACGAUAUCCAUGCACAAGGUAAUCCUUUUUCUUUAUUUUCGUACGAAACGGAUGUUUGAGCUCAUUAUUCAAAGUAUGUAUUCAAAGUAUGUGUGUCGAUGUCCCGGUGUCAGCACCGUGCACAAGUGGAAAGCCUACGCAUCACUCCAGUUUCUGCGUGAUCUGACGCGAAAAACACCCGAAAUUGUCCAGUCGUUUCUUGGACAGCGAAUACUUGAAGAUGUCACGUUUGCUUUGCAGGACUUGAGCGAGGUCACUGAAAACGGCUGGAAUCCACUGGAACAAACGGAUCUGCUGAGAGAUAUGACUCAUUAUUUUUCAGGAUGGACGCCAUCGUGCGAUCCAAUUGCGACCGAUGAAAACACAAGUUUGUUGGGCAAAGAAUCGUCUACCAUGUUUGCCAUUAUCGAGAUGCGUAAAUCUGCUGCCGCUUUCUCUACCAUGAUGCAGCAACAGCAACAACUCCCGGUACAACAACAGCAAGAGCAAUUGAUGUUGUAGACUUGUACAUAUCAGCGUCUUUGUGCGAGAUACAAGGUGAUUGUCGUCAUUGUAAAAAGUUCAAAACCGUUUUGUCACAGCAUUCGCCGUCGUCUUCGUAAGAGCCAGCGUCGUCGUCUUAGCCUACUCUUUACUGUAAACGCUUUGCGCAACCGUCUUUGGCGCAGCAGCGAUCGAUCGUUAUGGAGUCGCAAAUCGCUCAUUCGCUGUAUCAGCGAGUUGUUAACUACUGCGGUUUAUUGUAUACCGUUUUCAAUAAUUAAUUUUUUCUUUAAAAUUUCAAUUCUAUUUGAGCUAUAUUUACCAUUGUCCAUCGUAAACUGUAGUUUGGUAUCAAAUCAGAGCAGUUGUCAUUUUGCCAGUUAAAAGAAGUAACAAAAGAGAUCUUGGAGAAAGAAAGCCAGCAUUACAUUUCCGAACACGGUAUGCGUGGCCUAAAUUUCCGACACAUAGGAAGCGGUUUCGUUAUUCACGCUUCGCAACUGUACCUU